CCUUGCUGUGAUGCAGUGCCAGGAUGGAUGUGCACGGCAUGGCGGUCCAGACUUUUUUUGUGAUUCUUUUUUUUUUACCUCGGGAUAUUGGCCGUCAGCUAAAUGUCAUGCAGCCGACGCCGGAGAUGGAUGGGGGCGAGUGGUUCAUUGUUACAGGAUGCAGGCGUUGUUGGCGCAGACUGCUCAAAAGGCAAAAGCUUGGGAUGAUACAAGAACUUCUAGACCUCGAUCUGGCUACAUUUAGUCUAGUCUCAAGGGUGUUUGUUUAAUUAAUGAGAAACGCUUUGCAAC